AAAGAGAAGACUAAAAGCAAUGCAAGAUCAUUCAAGCUACAUGACAAGCUGUUUGCAAGGAACUACUCUGGGAAGCCAUUAUGGAUUCCUGUGGUUGUCUGUAAGGUCACUGGACCAUUGUCUUACCAUGUUGAAACUAUGGAUGGUUUAGUGCUUAAAAGACAUGCUGAUCAGCUCAGAAAAAGGUACACUGAAGACUCUGAGCCAGAUACCCUGCCGGAGGACAGUGAUUGGGAUGAUGAUUUCACUCCAUUGAUUCCUAACGUGCCUCCACCUCCUACUCCGCCUCCUUUGCCCCCACCGAUUCGUCGAUCGACUCGUUCAAGGAUGACUACUGAUCAUGGGCCGUAUAUUCUUGACUUGAUCGUUCUCCCUCCCCCUCUAGGGUUUGUUGCUGUUGUUAAUAAGUCAAUGAGUUCUAAAUUCUCACAACUGGUGGACUUAGCUCAAGAGUUCCUCCCUCUCCUUCCUUGGGGGGUAGAGUUUGAAAAGGACAAGUUCCUACGUCCAGACUUUACUUCACUUGUUGUGUCGUUUGCCUCCAGUGGAAUACCAGCUGGUAUCAAUAUACCUAACUAUGAUGAGAUAAGACAGAAUGAAGGAUUUAAGAAUGUGUCUUUGGGUAAUGUAUUGUCAGCUGCCUCACAGGAUAAGAGGGUUACAUUCCUUACAACAGAGGAUCAGGGUGUUUUUACUGAUUUGAGAGGUAAAGCAUUUGAAGUGCAGGUUGGAUUGCAUGAACUAUUAGGACACGGAUCAGGGAAACUGUUCAGUAAGGAUAAGAAUGGAGUCUUUAACUUUGAACAAGAUGAAGUCAUUAAUCCUUUAACUGGAGAUAAGAUAAGGAGUUGGUAUAAUCCAGGAGAGACAUGGGAUACACUUAGUACAAUAGCAUCAACUUAUGAAGAAUGUAGAGCAGAAUGUGUUGGUAUAUACCUCUCCACUGACAGGAAUAUAUUACGUAUAUUUGGUUAUGAAGGAGCUGAAGCUGAAGACAUAAUGUAUGUGAAUUGGUUGAGCAUGUUGAGGGCAGGACUUAUAGCAUUAGAGUUUUAUACACCUGAAACAAAGAAAUGGAGACAAGCUCACAUGCAGGCCCGUGAUGUUAUAUUGCGUGUAUUGAUGGAUUCUGAUACUCCUGUAUUUAAUAUUGAGAGUGUUACUGGCUCUGAUGGUAAGCCUGACCUCUUGAUCAGGUUUGAUAGGAAUAAACUGGAGACCAUUGCUAAACCUAUCAUUGGAGAAUUCUUAAAUAAACUGCAGAUCUACAAGUCUACAGCAGAUGUUAGCUCAGGACAGUUAUUGUAUAAUAAAUAUUCAACUGUUACUGAUGAUCAUUUGAUGUUGAGAGAUAUUGUAAUGGCUAGGAAGAUGCCUAGAAGGUUAUUUGUACAGCCACACACUUCAAUUGAUACUGAUGGUUCUGUUGUUCUUAAUGAGUUUGAUAGUUCAUUUGAAGGAAUCAUUUCCUCAUUUCUAGCAAGAUAUCCUAACUAUGAUACUGAACUGGAGUCUCUUUGGAGAAACGAUCAACAUUUUUGGAAACAAAAAUAGACACAAUACAUAAUACAUUUGAUACAAAAUUAAAGAACUUGUAUGUGCAUGUAUUUGAUUCAUUGAGUUUGUUGUCACAUUGUUUGUUGCAUGACAUUUCAGUGUUAUAAAUUUUGAAGAUGCAGUGAA